CGGACCGGUAGAACGCAGGACCUAAGAAGAAGAAGAAGAAGGGGGAAGGGGGAAGGGGAAUCCAACGUGGUCUCCCGCUCGGUCGACCGGUCGGACGAUCUUACUUACCAUUAAACUUAAUUAUUGAUAUUGAUUACUUGGACAUUGGCCAACGCCAACGGCAAGGCGACACGUGGCAUGGGGGACAGCAAUCGCAGGUCCAGUGGUAGAGGGCGAUCGGGGGGUAAGAGGGGUCGGAUCUUCCGGCGGGAUUUCCGGGAUAACCGGGAGAAUGUGUGGAAGAGAUCCCGACCUGGCGUUGAGAGCGGCGACCAGGGACCGCGACUACCAGUCGGAAUCACCACGCCAUGGACCGGUUUCGUGACGGAGAACGAGCAAUUCGAAAAUUAUUACAAGGCACAGAAAAUCGUCCCCGCCGAGGAAUGGGAUGAGUUCAUGUCCGCACAGAAAAUCGUCCCCGCCGAGGAAUGGGAUGAGUUCAUGUCCGUGUUCAAGAGACCCUUGCCGGCAACUUUCCGCAUAAAUGGAAGUGGGAAGUUUGCGUAUGCUAUUCGCGACCAGAUGCGCCGCGAUUUCUUCAACUUGCUUGAGGAGGGUGUGGAGGUGGAUGGAGAACCUGUUGAUCCGCCAAGCCCACUCCCGUGGUACGCCGACAACUUAGCUUGGAAACUGAACUUCUCUAGGAUGCAGUUGAGGAAGCUCCCGAUCCUUGGAAAGUGAGUUGGAUUUAUGUGACUCACUUAAGAACAUAAAACAUAAUGGCUGCGUCCUAGUUGCAUUGGGUAAUUUCGUUUCUUACGCUUUUUGCCACUAGUUAUGUUAUGCUCUAUUUUCAUAGUAUAUUCUUUGUUGUCAGUUUAUCCCCAUUUCUUGUAUCAUGAAGUGCUCUCUCUCUCUGUGUGUGUGUGUGUGUGUGUGUG